UCCUACCAACAACUGCAAAUUCCGCCAAGAGCUUUCGUCACUACAUAUCGCCUCCAUAAUUCGAACAACCAACUCGAGGGCAAGACCCACUGACUACCAGCGAACCAAUCCAUCCUAAUUCAGUAUACACGAAGAACAACAAAAAACUAUGGAAGUAAUAUGGGACUCCGAAAGAUUCUCCGUAGACCUCCCCGUUAGCAGUUUCACCCUGGGGAGCUUCAAGCGUUACCUGGCAUCACGAACGGGAGUCCCAGCGGAACAUAUGAAACUCUUCUGCAAUGCAGGCCUCAUGAAAGAUGACAGUGCACCCCUGAGUGCAUUUCAACCGGAAGUUGAUAGUCCCUUGGAUCCCGGCGCCCAAUCGAACAGUCCUCUCACUCGCAGCAGGCUAUGGAGUGGCAUAUUCUCUGGGACCAAGAAACGACAGAUAUCCCCAAUGCGGAUCAGAAUGGUUGGAGCCAAAGAAACGAGGAGCAUCGUCUCCGACCGUCCUGAUCUCAAACCCACCACAGCCCCAUCGAACCAGAAUCUUAAACCACAAGCCGGAUCGAAUCCGGAAAUCAUGAAUGAAUCUCGAAUAAUCUCCCUGAUAAAUGAGUUGACUCAAAAAGCACUCAGUGAUAAUCUACCCCGAGUCGAGCGAUAUGAGGGCAUGGUUCCGACGGAACGAGGUCCGGAUGAAGUCCCUGUUGAUGGACCCCUGAACCCUCAGAACACACAGCCAGUCCAAGCCCAAUGGGAUCCGACAGAGUUUGCUGGUGUCUCGGAAGUGCUCCUGCAGGCGUUGCUCAAGCUGGAUGGAUUUGAGAUUGAAAGCGAAUGGACGGAAGCCAGGAUGGCCCGUAAAGAGGGAGUUCGGGCUGUUCAAAAGCUCUUGGAUCGACUGGAUCGGGUGAAAGGUGCCACUGGUCCCCAAAGGUAACCGUGAAGAGGAUAUCAAAAGCGGGACGUCUUCGUUCAUCUUCGUAUCAAUAUCUGAAUCGUCAAUUCCAUAGCAUCAAUCAACUUUUCCAGAAAACGCUUCCUCCGAAAAAGAAUCCAAUCGCAGAAACGCAGCCAGCCAAAUCCCGUGUGGAUCGUCCUGCCAUAUCUGCGCAUGAUUUUUCACAAGAAAUACUGAAGCUAUCAGUAAUAAA